AUGAAAAACUUUACCCUGGAUAUGAUAAAGAACAAAAUAAAAGCCAUCAGAGAUACCUAUCACUUGGAGAAAAAUAAAAUAACAAAGUAUAAGAAAUCUGGGGCAUUACCAGAUGACUUAUACACGCCAAGACUUGUUUGGUUUAAUGAAGCCGCUACAUUCCUAGAGUACUGCGCUGGUAGAGAACCUUCUAGUAGUCUGGAUAAAUCAGAAAUGUCCUCAGUUGAGUCUUCCGAAGAUAUAGAUGGUGGCGAACUUGAGGGAACUUCAUGAAAAACAUUCGUACCAGCAAAAUCCAGUAGUGAGGGAAGAAGCAUACCAAGUAUUAAAAGGAAGAAACAAAAAGAUGUCCCAGAUCAUAUUUCAAGCGCAAUGGAAAAACUGGAGGAUCUCAAAAAGAUUGUACAGGAAAAAGAUUAAUUUGACUGUUUUGGCAUGAAUAUAGCACACCAAUUAAGAAAUUUGUCUAUACAACGAGUUCUAAAAUGCCAGACAGAAUUCCAGCAAAUAUUAAUGAGUGAGCGACUAGAGUAUGAAAGGGAAAAAUCUUCG